AUGCGCCGGUUGACACCUGAGCUGCGUAAAAGAGGCAGGGCAGGGCUUGGCCAGAUCAUAACUUCGUCUUUUUCAUUUCUUUCUCGCUUUUCGUUGCUGGGGUCAGCACAGGGGGGAGGCUACAUGGAUUGGUGGACUUUGUUGGCAGCGAGUAUUGCCCUACUCUGGAUUUUCUGCUUUAUAGACGGCAACGCCGUGCUUGAGCUGCGGCUGCUCUUUCACGCUCUGACCAAAGCCGCUUGUCACCUGUACCUGGCCCUGCUCCCGCUGCGCCGAGCCGCCACGCACUUCUACGACAGCGCGCGGUACUGGGUCAACCAUGCCCAGCAGGGCCCCUCUCCUCCAGGCUACUUCCAUCAGAGCGAACCCCUGGCCAGGAAAGGCACGCUACACUUUCUGGAGGGCAUGUGCGUGGUGUGCGAGACGGUGCCCAACAUGAUGGGCGCAGCGCUGAGCGUCGGGGCCGCUUUCUGUCAUAUGCUGCAGGGAGGUUUCUACAUCCUGGCGGCCACGCUGCGCACCAUCCAGAUCAACCUGUUCUCACAGAUGAACGGCGAGAAGGAGAGGUGGGACAAAGAGCGGCUAAGGGCGAAAGAGGGCGAGAAGAAGCUCAAUUCCAAAGUGCUGGAAUACAUCUCGGUGUUUUGUCAAGACCCCGUGAGCGCUUUACGCAUCAAGGUCGACGUGCCACCCGUGUACAGAUAA